CCCCCCAAGUUUAAUUACUUGUUAACUUUUUUCUCCAACAUUAAGACUGCUGCACCAAAAAAAGAAAAAAGACUGCUGCUCGCGUGGGCCCCCUUGUGGCUGUGGGCCCCUGGGCCUGUGCCCCGUUUGCCCAUAUUAUAAUCCAGCCUUGUGUAUGGGUUUCCUCCCACAAAGGAUUAGUGCGUUAGCAUGACUAGUUCUCAGCAGCUGCUCACUGACUCACAUUAAAAUAUCUUCAUCACUGAAGGACAAAGAGCUACAGUUCCAAAUUCAGCGGCUUAUAUUGAAUUUUUAAACUUGUUUUCAGGUUCUAGAAAGCUUUAAAAUCAUGGACUACAGCCUCCUGCUGGGGGUUCAUGUGUUGGACAAGAAGCCGCUGAGCAGAGGGAACAGAUGUGACAGCAGGAGAGGACAAAAGGUCCUGUACUCCACCGCCCGGGAGUCCAUCAUGGGGAACGUCAAGGCCUCGGAGGCAGGGGCUGAUCCUCAUGACGACACACUCGGAGGAAUUCCCGCUAAACAUAAAGAUGAAAACCUGCUGAUUUUCUUGGGAAUCAUCGACAUCCUUCAGUCUUACAGAUUUAUGAAGAAAGUGGAACACUCCUGGAAGGCUCUUGUGCAUGAUGGGGACACCGUGUCGGUCCACAGACCCAGCUUUUACGCUGACAGAUUCCUGAACUUCAUGGGAACGACAGUUUUCAAAAAGCUCCAUCCGACGAGAGGGGCAUCUUCGAGGAGGAAGAGGAGCUCCCUUCAUGCAUCUAAGUCGUAUUCUCAGGAGGUUUUGUUCCCACUGAGGGAGCAGAAGGAGGAGAAGAAGGCUCUGAGCAUGGACAACCUGGAUGGAAACCUCUUUAGCUCCUCCAAACAACCAGAUCUUCUCCCCAAAGCUGCAGCUCCUUUUGACUCCAGUCAGUGUGCUGAAGACUCUGAACACAGGUGAAUUACUCUACAGUCACAUUCAAGUAUCCUUUGUGCAUCCAAGGGUUUCCAGAUGUUAUGGAUAGUUUAUGGAUCAUUGAGAUCAGGAGGGUUGGACCCAAUAUGCUGAACCCCAGGACAACAAGAGGCAGGAGUGGAGAUAAAAGUAAAAUCCGUUAUUAAGGAUGAAAAACCAAAUAAACAUCUAAAAGGGCAGGAAGCCAAAACCGAUUAUCAAGACGCUGCAAAGAACAAAACCCAAAGCUCACUCUGUGAGCAGAGAACUAGAGACCUGGCGGGAGGGGGGACCAAAGCAACGCUGACAACAUCAAUGGACCGUCAACACGGAGAGACGCAGACAGGGUUAUAUACACAGGAGCUACUUGAUAGGAGACGAGGGGCAGGUGCAGGAGAAGGUGUCAGCCUGGGAGUCAUGACACGAACUGCUGCUUUUCUAAUAAUUCUAAAUUUAAAAAAGCAUCGUUUGGUAUUUUAAUUUGAAAUUAAGAUUUUAAAAGAAAACACUUGCAGCUUGCUGUAAAUUUAAAUGACUUUGAAGUUAGAGAAUUAUUUGUGAAUUAUGGGAAAAUUUGACCAGAACGUGGUGCUAAUGAAGCAUCAAUUUGACCCUUAGGCAUUAAAACCAGGGGCCUCAUUCAUCAAAUGUUCAUAGAAAAAUUCCUGUUUGUUCCUAUGAAUGAAAGUUAGAACGUUCGUACGAACGGUCAAAAUCCUGAUUUAUGAAACUCCCGGAGGCUUCUCGUACGCACGUUCCUCCGCACUCGUCUGACGAUAAAUCCCACGUGUGUGGUGUUUUAGCACCAACUAUGUGACUCGGCUGUUUUUCCACAGAAAUAUUUAUUUAAUGGGUAAAAUAAUUAGUGGAUGAGGAACACGUGUGGAUGACUGAAACCUUCGGUGUAGCGGUUCCCCGUUCUACCACUAGAUGCUUUUCCUACACACGGUCUGAAGUUUUCUUAUCUUUAGAAACAUUUCCAGGCACAGGUACAAAAUGAUGAAUACCACACAAUGUGCACAUUAGUUCAUGUGCACGUUAUACGCACAGAUCUGUUCGUAAGUACGGUUGAUACAUGAGACCCCUGUAACGUUACGCUACACCCCUGAUCUUUUAAAACUUUAGAAAUAUUCCAGUCUGGAGCAAAGACCAAAUCUAGGGUCCAGACGCCUGUCUGCAGCCACAAGCUCGUUUAGGAAGUAAAAAUGAGCCUAACGCAUUUUUAGUAUAUUAAAUUAAACUCCAAAUAGUUUAGGAAUCCCAAAGGGAACUUAAAGGUGCAAUAAGUAAGAAUUCAACAGUGAAAUUAUUACAAAACUGUUUAAUGCCUUAAUCAUGUUGGAAGGAAGGUUAUACUGAAACAGGGGUUGUCAGUUUGUCUCCUUUUAAAAAGGCCAAAGAGGGAUGUAGCAUUUGUUUACAUGUGGGGCAUGUGGGGUUGUCAAGUCUGUGCCAGCAUUUGUAAUUUGACACCAGCUGAUAAAAUGCAGCAGCGUCAUGGACAGAAUGGUAACCAAUAAAAGGAAAGACCCAGAAGUUAUUUCUUGUAUUCCCGAGAAGCCACGGCACCUUUUUGUUUUACUUCAGUAUCGGGUGAAGAAGGCUAGAGGCUAACAUCGAGCUAAGAGUGUUGGACACUGACAAUUUUUAAUGCUUGUUUUUAAUGUCUUGACCUGUUUUUACUGUUUGAUUUAUUGUAAUUUAUUGAACUGUUUCUAUUCUGUUUUCAUGACAUUUCUGUAAGGCGCUUUGGUCAGCUCUCAUGCUGUGUUAUAAUGAGCUGUUACAAAUGAACUGGUAUGGUAACAAAGCUAACGGUGAUUUAGAAGCAAAUACUCUCUAAAAAACAUCUCAAGCUAAUUUUUUUAUUACCAACAACUUGUUAUUACAGUGCAAUGUAUUUAUCUACUGAUCAACUUACUGUGUACGACUCGUCUUUGCCCGUCACCAGGAAUGUUCUGGUGCUGGUCCGAAACUGGCAACAACUGUGAAACCCAAAGACCGGGAGUGAGAAUGUCACCCUGUGUUUUGAAAACGGGCUGCAGUACCCACAUUUGACCACAGGUUGUCACUCUUACUUUAUGUUGUGGAAAAUGUUGUGGAAACUCAUGUCAGCUGGUUCUAGCUGUGGGCAGGAACGGUCUCCUCCAGAGGAUGUGAAGAACCCUCUGACUAAAGACACUCUAUUGUCCCAACAGAUCCAAUGGACAGAUUUAUUUGCUUAAAGAUGAAAGACUGUAAAUAUUGAUAAAUAUGAACAUUGCCACAGAUAUUAAACUUGCUGCUGAAGA